UACGUGUGACUGCAAGCGAUUCUGUGGAAGUUGCUAGUGCGCCACGGCGGUUAGCAGGAAAUUUUGGACCGGUUCGCUGCGAAACACCGCAUAAUAUACGCUUGUCUCCUUCCCACUGGGAACGUAUCUAUUUCGCUGGUGGGUGUUGUUGUUUGCGAAGCGCGAGAGCGGGGUACUACCCGACGAGCAGUGGUAUUCGGCGACAGUAGGCGACGUGAGCUCACGACGUUGAGGAGAGCGGUUUGCGAGGAGUCGAAGGCUGUAAAUCGAGAUGGCGCGCACGGCGACGCUCGUUAUGUUGUUCCUCACUGUUGGGGCAUUCGUGACCCUUGUGAACGGAAAGGCACGAAUCGUCGAAGAAGUAACAUUCGGCGACGCGGCACCUGAUAGCUCGGCAAUGACAUCAAGUGACUACGGCUCUCCUCCUGAUGAUAUGAACUCCGACAGCAACGGCUUCCAGAUUCCCGGGACUCCCUGGACACUUCCGCCGUGCUUGUGUUUUGCUGAUAUUUUCAGCGGCGGUAAAUGUCUCGUCAAUACGUGCCUGGCAGGGAAAUGCUUCACGAAUCCUGGAAAUAACACCCAUCAGGGUUCCUUCCGAUUCCUCGGGUACGAGGUCCUUUACUAUUGCGAGUGCCAGAAGGGCUCAUACUGGUCUCCGGAGGAGAAGAAUUGUAUUUACUGCCCCAAGUAUCCUUAUGAGAUGUACGAUGACAAGCUCGCCAAGUGUGUAAUGAUUGCGGAUCCUUCGUCGGCUCCUCCAUCGGGACUGUAAGCUAGAGAGGAUCGGUUUGAAGAUCACGAGGUUUGACUUUGUUUGCAUUGGACAAGCAAGCGCACGGUCGAAGUGAGGGCAUACGGUGGCGUUGUUAGCUCGGUUCGGUCAAAUCGUGUGGCAUUGAAGUGAUAGUGUAGCAAAAGGUUGAAGGGAGACGCGUAAAUCGCUAGGCUGCCAGCAAGAUUGUGUCGACGGGUAACGGAAACCGAAGAGGCCUACGAACGCUGUAUAGGGGGAUAUAAUACAUUCUUUAUUCGAGUGUCACCAUAGAGACGGGGCUCUUGGAAAGCUGUUGGAAGAGUACGUAAAUCUUCUUUAUUGAUGCCUACCUAGCAGCGAAACAAGAAUCCCUCGACUGUUGUUCAUCGUCAAAUGCUGUUCGUCGUCUAGUGGCCGCGAUUCGUGGUUUCUCGUCGAAGAAAUUCCUCGGUAAUUUUAUUGCUGCUCAGGCUAGCGGCUGAGUGUAACAUUGUUGUUUGUCUCAGAUUGCUUCCUCGUUGGGUGGAUUGUGUGAGUCUUUUGAUGUGGGGAAAGGUGUCUUCUAUUCGGAUAUGAGAGCUCUGCCUUUACAUCUGACGAGAGUUGUCAUCUCUUCGUGGUACUUGGGUGAAUAUUGUAUCCAGAUCGACGUACAUUUACCAACCUUCUCUCCGGAAUUCGAUGUAUUAGUUAGACGAUGAAGAUGGAAAUCCCGUGGGUCUGAGUGUAUUGCUAUUACUCUCCGCUCCUCAAUGUAUUAGUCUAGACGAUGAUGAUGGAAAUCCCGCGGGUCUGAGUGUAUUUGCUGCUAUUACUCUCCGCUCUCGGGGGUUCUUUUUGAGCUUCGUAAUUUUGUCCGGCAAAUGUGCGGCAAAAGUCCGGGCACGAGAGAUUGAAUGGCGGUUAGGUAAUUAGGAUUCUUCUUCUUUCUGGUGGCGCUAUAAUGUUUUGUUUUCAUUUUCAAUGUAACAAGCAACUGAGUGUCUUUGCACUGUAGACGAAGUGUUUUACCUGUAUCCGCGAUGGUCGGUUAAGUCACAAGGCACUCGUUCUCAAAUUGGAUAUAUAGCAAUAAGCAGUUUUCUUAAACUCCGUUUGCGGUCAUUGGAACAUAUAAGCGGGAGCCGCGGCUUGCGGUUUUUGAAUAGUGAACAUCCUAUGGUUUUCCGCACUGCCAACGUAAUUCGUGUACUUGUCUUACAAUCAUAUCCGGAUGUAUGUAAGGUUUCCGCUUCAAGCUGUGUUGUGGUUGUUUCUGGAAAAAAUGACGACUGCUAACCUUUUUAUAUUAUGAUGUUCAGGAAUGCAUGAAAUAUUGGUCAUUGGGCUCUGCUUUACGUGGGCGUGUUGUGUUGAUGGUAAAAUGUGUGACGUUUUGAGCUUCAAGGUUGUUGGAAAUAGGAUUGGCUGUUUUUUCCUUCUUGGGGUAGACUUCUCCUGAGACACGAUAGGUAAGAAAAGACAAAAUGGUGCCCAUGUCAUCGUGUUCGCGUUUCAAAGCGUGCAUUGCCAAGU